AUGAAGCUUGUGAGGUUUCUUAUGAAAUUGUCCCAUGAGACGGUAACCAUUGAACUAAAAAACGGUACGCAGGUUCACGGAAGUAUUGCUGGAGUUGAUGUGUCAAUGAAUACACAUAUGAGGUCCGUUACUUUGACGCUUAAAAAUCGGGAUGCGAUUAACUUGGACACACUGACUGUUCGCGGAAACAAUAUCCGAUAUUUCAUUCUCCCAGAAAGUCUUCCACUUGACACACUUUUAAUUGAUGAAGGCCCUCCGAAAAGAAAACCUGGACGGGAAGAACGUCCUACUAUUCGUGGACGAGGUCGCGGUCUUGUUCGUGGCCGUGGACGCGGUGGACCUCGAGGACGUGGUCGUGGUCCUCCGAUGCGCUACUAA